GCCGAUGACUCACGUCCAUGCAAGAACUCUAGCCACUCAAAGCAACGGCUCGCUCGGCGUGCAAGACGUACGGCAUAUGCCGCUGGACCAGGUAUAUCUCGCGCUCGCCUUUGUGCCACCUCUCGUCCACUUCUCUUUCGCUCUCGACGACCUCACAACACCCAAGCGCCCUCACCGACUGACAUCGCCUACAUCUCUGCCCAAUGGCUGCCAACGACUGGAAGACCGCCUUGCAGACCUACGCUGCAUUCCCCGACCCUAGCGUCCUUCCCAAGGACGUCUACCACAGUCACUCCGACCACACCCUCACGCUUUACGCGCAGUGGCCGAAGAGCACGUACCACAUGAUUGUCAUCCCUCGCAUCCGUCCGCCUUCCACCGGCGCCAGGCUCCUGAACCUUCGCACGCUCCUGCACGGCGACAAACAGCAGGCUGAGGAGGUCAUCGACCAACUCAAGGACGAUGCGGACGAGGUCGUCGAGUGGAUACAGGAGCAGAUGGACAAGAAGCAGGGGUAUAGGUGGAACAUCUGGUUGGGCUUCAUGGCGAAUCCGAGCGUGAACCAUCUGGCCCUGCAUGUCGUCUCCGGUGACCUCGUCAGCGAGCACAUGAAGAACAAGCGACACUACAACGAGUUCCACCCCAAGAACGGGUACUUCAUCCGCCUCAAGCAUGUCCUCGAGUGGUUCGAGGCUGACGCUCCGGGCUACUGGUCCAUGGUGACCAGACUCGACCCGGUGGAGUACGAGAGGAAGCUACAGGAGCCGCUUGAGUGCUUCCACUGCUACGAGGAGUUUAGGACCAUGCCCCGCCUGAAAGCGCAUCUCAAGGAGCACAUGGAGAGGACCAAGGAGAGGGAGCUGGCGAGGAUGGAGGGUAAGAAGCGAAUCGAGCGUGCGUUUGAGGCGUCAAGGAAGAGGAAGAUAGAGGCGGAAGCGCGGGAGAAGGCCCUCGAGGAUGCUGGUAGUUCCAGCGAGUAGAGCAUCGCUAAAGAUGCGAGACAAGGGGAUGCUGAUGGAGCGCAAGGACGCGUCUGGUGCGUCGACACAAAGAGCACAUC